CAAAAUUCGUGUUAAAUGUUACAAGAAAAUAGGGUAUCUAUACUUUCAUCGAGUGAGGUUGGCAACAUCGAUCGAUACCCAGUCGAUAUGUUGCAAACGGCAGAACGCCCUAAUUUAAUGCCUUUUCAGGACACUCAGUACAGUUGGACGGAUGAUUUGCCAGUCUGCAAGCAAUCAGGAGUAGGAUUUUCCACGAAUCAAAUUUAUCGCGAGGAUGGGUAUAGACAAGAGGAGCAUCCAUUUGAAGAUCGCAGUUUUCAUUGCCGUUACGAUGAUUCAACGUUCCUUUAUGGUGUGUUUGAUGGCCACGAAGGAACAAAAGCUGCAAAUUUUGCUAUGCAACGAAUGGCUGCCGAGAUUUUACUCGGGCAGUUGAAUGGUAAAUCGACGGAUGAAGAGAUCAAAGAAGUUCUUAGGCAAGCAUUCAUAGCCGUAGAACGAGGCUAUCUAGAUUCAAUUGGUGAUCUUCUGGCUGAGCGAACUAGCUUACAGUUUGAUAUACCUGAUGGCUUAAACUCGUACGAAACGUACCAAAAAUUUCCUCAUUUGGUUGAUAAAUUAAAUUCGUUAAACUGUGAGCUAUCAGCAGGCACAAGCGCGGUCGUAGCGCUCGUGUAUCGUGGAAGAUUGUAUGUUUCGAAUGUUGGCGAUAGUAGGGCGUUAUUGUGUAAAACAGACAGCAAUCAAGUGUUAAGGGUUAUACAGCUGAGCGUUGAUCACGAUUUACGGAAUGAAGAUGAAUUGUUGCGAUUAUCCCAUUUAGGUUUGGACAUUGAUUCCAUAAGACAAGGAUCUCAUCUUGGGAAUCAGGAAAAUACGCGUUGUCUUGGAAACUACCUUGUUAAAGGAGGAUAUAGAGAAUUUGACGAAUUAGCAUCAGCCGCAGCAGAGCCUAUUAUCGCCGAACCAGAAAUUCAUGGCGGGAUAGAACUUGACGAUUCUUGUAGAUUUUUAUUACUUAUGUCGCGUGGUCUUUAUAAAUCAUUAGAAGAAGCAAGUGGUACCGAUCAAGUUAAUAAAGAACUUGCUCUUAUAGCAGUUGAACAGUUUCGCGUGCAGUCCACAUUAACAGGAGUUGCUCAAGCUGUCGUAGAUAAAGUUGUAAGAAUUCAUCAUGAUAUUAAUAUGAGUAACUCUCAAAGUACAGUGACUACUGGUAAACGAGACGACAUAACUCUUCUUGUGCGAAAUUUUAAUUUUCCGCUUCCCCACGCAUUGAAAAGUCCUACUAAUCAAUCGGUUAGAUUUAAUCCAAUUGUAGAAACUGCUCCGAUAACCACAAUGCCCGAGAACGAAGAUUAUUUGAGUACAGGAGUUACCGAUGAGAAUUUCGAUACAUCGACGAGCGAAACUUCCACGACAUCGGAUAUGUACCCACCUGGUGCAAGACCAACGGAUAGAAACGCUAGGAUUAAGCCUUACGUGAAUUUCUCCGAGUAUUACGAGAACGUGGAGAGAAGACGGCGAGAAGGAACGUUACCAGAAGGUAUAAAUUUUUAGCAAAGCAAACUUUAAUAUUUAGCAUUCAAUGUAUUUAUAAAUUAAAUAUAAUUUAUAAAAAGAACUUGUGUUUGUACAAAUGCAAUAUUUAUUUUGUAUAAUGUCUAUAACAAUCAGCAAUAUACUUAUUUGCACAAACUGUA